GGGAGGGCGGGGCUUCGGGUGCGCGCGGUCUGGGCGGACCCGGCGCGGCUCCGGGACACAAUGGCCUGAGCGGUCGGCGGAGCUCGAGCGGCUUCCGGUUCGCCGAGCCGCGGGGCCGCCCAGCUCUCCGCGCCCUCGGCCGCACGGCGCGUCGGCGUCGGGCCAUGUACUCGGGGAACCGCAGCGGCGGCCAGGGUUACUGGGAGGACGGGGCGGGCGCCGAGGGCGCGGCGCCGGCGGGCACGCGGAGCCCCGCGCCCCUCUUCAGCCCCGCGGCGUACGAGCGCCUGGCGCUGCUGCUCGGCGGCCUCGCGCUGCUGGGCGUCGGCGGCAACCUGCUGGCGCUGCUGCUCUACUCCAAGUUCCCGCGGCUGCGCACGCCCACCCACCUCCUCCUGGUCAACCUCAGCCUGGGCGACCUGCUGGCGUCCCUGUUCGGAGUCACUUUCACCUUCGCGUCGUGCCUGCGGAACGGCUGGGUGUGGGACGCCGUGGGCUGCGCGUGGGACGGGUUUAGCGGCAGCCUCUUCGCUGCAGGGAUUGGAAGUUCCCUGGAAAGGAGGAGGAGAGAGCUGGGACUGCCAACUCACGGUCAAGGGUUUGUUUCCAUCACCACCCUCACUGUGCUGGCCUAUGAACGUUAUAUCCGUGUGGUACAUGCCAGAGUGAUCAAUUUUUCCUGGGCCUGGAGGGCCAUUACCUAUAUUUGGCUCUACUCCUUGGCAUGGGCAGGAGCGCCUCUCCUGGGCUGGAACAGGUACAUUCUAGAUGUGCAUGGACUGGGCUGCACUGUGGACUGGAAAUCCAAGGAGGCCAACGACUCGUCCUUCGUGCUCUUCUUGUUUCUUGGCUGCCUGGUGGUGCCCGUGGGCACCAUAGCCCAUUGCUACGGUCACAUUCUGUAUUCUGUUCGAAUGCUUCGCUGUGUUGAAGAUCUUCAGACAAUUCAAGUGAUCAAGGUUUUAAGAUAUGAGAAGAAAGUGGCCAAGAUGUGCUUCUUGCUGGUCUUUGUCUUUCUCACCUGCUGGAUGCCUUACAUUGUGACCCGCUUCUUGGUGGUUAAUGGCUAUGGACACCUGGUCACUCCAACAGUGUCCAUUGUUUCUUAUCUCUUUGCUAAAUCCAGCACUGUGUACAAUCCAGUUAUCUAUAUCUUCAUGAUCAGAAAGUUUCAGCGGUCCCUUCUGCAGCUCCUCUGCUUCCGGCUGCUGAGAUGCCACCGGCCUGCUAAAAACCUGCCAGCAGCUGAGAGUGAAAUGCAGAUCAGGCCCAUCGUGAUGUCACAGAAAGACGGGGACAGGCCAAAGAAGAAAGUGACCUUUAACUCCUCUUCCAUCAUUUUUAUCAUCGCCAGUGAUGAGUCCCUGUCAGCAGAUGACACUGACAGAACCAGCGCGUCCAAGGCCAACGUAAUCCAGGUUCGCCCUCUAUAAGAACAGAAGAUGGAGACUCAGACGAGCUGCCACACGUCUACUGUAAAGACUGUCCCGGAGUCCCCAUUUUGGGUAACAGCAGUGGAAUCUCCAUGGCCCUGCAGGAAAUCUGAAUUGCCCAUAUGUUGUUUGUCCUCAAGAAGUGACUGAGCAAGACAAAUUGGUGCUUUAUAACAUGAGAGACUCCUGGUGGCACAAGGCGAGCAUCUGGCACCGCCGUCUACCAUGCCAGGAUUCAACAUUUGAACGACCGUACUUGCCAAAGCACAGAAGACAUUUUGUUCCUCAAAUACGUCCCGCUGUAAAAAUAACCGUCUCUUACACACGUGUGCAGUGUGGCCAGGACACGUGGAGUCCAUUGGCGUGUUGGGUCCCUUCUGUGUCACGUUGUAUGUUUGACCAAUUCGGCUUAUUAAGGAGGUAAUAAAUCAAUCCCUAGUUUCAUCUGAAAGCCAGAGGCUGCUGUCCUGUAUGUAGUGUGACCGCCGGGGCUCCAGAUUAAGAAGGCAAGUUCCAGAAGACACCGCGGGAAGCGCUGUAGAGAAGCAAAGAGACUGCGCUGGUCACGUGGGUGGCUGAUGCUGCCACAGUGGAGGGCGUCCAUGAGAAACGGGGCGUGGAGGAGAGUCAAACUUCCUUUCAUUUAAUAGCUUCCCACUACUUUGCCAAAAAGUAGUUCUGUGCCAGAGGAGGAGUAACCAGUAAACAGUUACAUCCAGAGGGGGAUGGGAACAAAUGUUUUAGUGUGCUAACGCCAUGUAUUGUUACUUAAACUUUAUUACACUUAUUUAUUUAUUGUGUGCGUGUGCACGCACACAUCCAUGUCAUAUUGUGCACGUGGAAACCAGGGGACAACAACCAGGGGAAUCGGGUCUCUCCUUCCACCGCGUGGGUCCCAGGGGUCGAAAUCAGGCCAUCGGGCUUGGCGCCAAGUUCCCUUUUCUCGCCGAGCCACCAAGCCGGCUCCAUGCAGUGUACUAUUUAAUUUUCACUGCUCAUCAGGAGGUUCCCUGGAGAACUGAUGGGUCGUGUUGGUGAGGAGGACAUCUUCCCAUGUGCCAUUGUUCAUACCUGGAGGAGAACGGUGUCCUCCGCUUUGCAGGGCUGCCUCGAGUGGGAAGUCAUGGAGAAGAAACGAGGGAAGAAAAGCCUCCCCCUACUUGCCAACGCGACCUCGUAGGCAUUGCUCCUCCAGGGAUUCCGGUCCCUUUCCUUUGUCUCAGCAUGUCUCUACAACUUUACUUCUAGUUGAAGAUGAUGUAAAUCAGGGCUUUCUAAACCAGCUCACUGUCUUUUUAAAUAUUUAAAAAGUGUACUAGAUUUUUAUUAAAGAUGUUUCUUUACAACA